UACACACACACACACGAUUUUGCUCCCAGUGGUCAAGUGGGUGUCUCGUGAUCUACACUUGUUUGUCAUAGCUCUGGCCUAAAUCAGGAAGUAUAUUAUUUCAUCUGGUGUUUACUAUCAAAUUCACUGACUGAAUCUCUCCUGUCAGCAAAUUGAGAUUAUCAUUUACUUGGUACAGGUUGACCAGUGUUUGAAGUGUUAGUUACUUCGCGGCAUAUAAAUCCCUCAUCAGAAUGUCCAAGACUGACAAAAAAGUUGACCCCACCAUCCUGAAGAGCAUCUCGAGCGCAGACCCCAAGAAACUGCACCAUGUGAGCACCGAGGAGAAGAAUCCUCUUCCUUCUAAAGCAGAUGUUGCACAGGAGAAAAGUCAUCAACAGUUUUUGGAUGGGGUCAGUCAUUUUGAAAAAACCCAACUGCACCACACUCAAACAAAGGAAAGAGUUAUCCUUCCUGACACUGGCAUGCUGUUGGAGGAGAAGGAGCGCGAGAAACACCUCACUCACAUUAGCGACUUCCCUCGUAUCAAGCUGAAACGCACAAUAUCCGAGGAGAAGAACGUUUUACCAAGUCCUCAGAUUAUUGCACAAGAGAAAACCGAGAAAGAAACGCUGACAGGGAUAGAAACUUUCAACAAAGACCAACUGAGAAAAGCAGCAACCGAAGAGAAAACCGUUUUGCCUAAUAAAGAUGUGAUUGCCCUGGAAAAGACGGAACAACAAAGGUUAUCAGGAAUUGAGAAUUUCAACAAAGAUCAACUUAAAAAAGCUGAAACUGCAGAUAAGACCGUCCUGCCAAACAAAGAAGAUUUGGAAAAGGAGAAACAAGAGUUACACCUGCGCAAGUCGAUUGAAAAAGGAGCCAAUCUGAAACAUGUCAGUACUGAAGAACACAACCCACUUCCUGAUAAGGAUGCCAUUAAUGCUGAGAAGAGGGAGGAGAACUUCAAGAGUUCCAUCAAAGAUUUCAACAGGAGAAGUCUAAAGCAUGCAGACACUCAGGAAAAAAAUCCACUUCCAUCCAAAGAAGCAAUUGAAGCUGAGAAGAAAGCUUGAAGAUAGCAGAUGUUUUGUUGAUAGUAUUGUGAACAUUAUAAUACAAUAUAGUUUUUCAUGCUUCUAUCCAGUUUAGUUCAAGCAUGCAGAGUGUGGCCACAAAGUCUGACAUUGUUCGACGCUGACAUUAAGAAUGAGGCUUGGUGGCUUUUAAAUGUAUAAAACUACCGAAUGGACAGUUAGUUUGCUGUGUGUUUAUGCUACCAUCUAAACUACAUGUUAUGUGUUAACUUUGUAACGUGUGAAAGUAAAAUUAUUUUAUAAAAACUGUAAACAACGUGAAAUUUGUUUUUAUUUAAUGUCAAGUUUUGAUUUGUUCAAUGGAUAUUAAUUUAAUUAAAUUUAAUCAUGGUACCAAAUUAACAUUCACAAAAUAUACUGUUGUUACAUUGUGGUUAUGACAAAAAUACAGUUGCGAUAAGCUAGAUUGGUGUCCUGGGAUUUUUUAAACAAACAUUGCAGUUGAAAACAUUUUACAUGAACAUUUUGGUGUUGUAAAAUUUCAAAGUGCCUUAGAAUUGUAAAUACUGACCACAUUGUUGGAUAUGUUAUAGAAAUUAGAUAUACAUACAUGUACAUUUCAUUUGAUACAAAGUCAUUUGUAAACAUGAUUAGUUUCCAUUUGUUAAAUGAAAGAUGUCAACAGCCACCAGUCAUUUCAUAUAUACAUGUAUAUCCAAAUAUAUUGUGUUUAUUGAAGACAGUUUUGCAACUAGAUUUUAGUAGAGGUCUAAAUUACUGAAUCUUACUCUGGCAACCUUUGAAUAUAAGAAAUGAUUUAAAUUAAUUGACAAUCAACUUUUGAAAAUUAUUUUUCCAUAGAAUCUUGAUAAAGCUUCAAAACUUUUGGUUGCAAGUAUUAACCUAUUUGUUCAUUAUUGGUACUCUGUCAAACCAUAAAAAAUUUCAUAUUUACUUACUAAAAUCUAAUUGUAAAUUUUUUACAGCUUACCAACUUUCACAUUUGAAAAAUUAUUUUAAAAACCCAUUAAUAGUUUUUGGAAGUUACAACAAGAUCCGUUGCAUUGCAGGCCCAAGGUGCUUUGAAAAUUGUAUUAUACUAGUUUCUAAAUGGUAAAUAUGCAUAUCAGCAAACCUUAGGAAAUUUGUUGCAAUGGCUUCACAUACAGCAUAUUUUCUGUCCACUCUUAUUUCUUGUAUAUAUAGAACUAGUUGUAUGAAAGUAGCACCGUGUAAUCCAACUGACCAAUUGGUUAUCUCUAUGCAUAUUAAUCCAUCACCACAAGUAUAUUUUAUUAUGUCCUCCCAUAUAUUUAUAAAAAAAACACCAUUUUCAUGCAGUUAAUAAAUUUGAUGAUCCAGAUACUAUUUUUGUUACUGCUUUUUAACUUGAUCUACCAAGAACAGUGACUUGAUAGAAUAUUCUAUUGUGUACUUGGGAGAAUAUUUGAUGAUGCGAUUAUGACAAAGUGCUGAUACAUUAAAUAUUAUAUUUGUUGUGAAAAUGUUUAAACAAUGGUAUACUAUGUGGGAUGUUAAGUACAAAAUAUUUUUGGAAUUUUAUACUUUGUGAAUUUAUUUACAAAGCACAUCUGUAACCAGGAAUACUGUUCAACACAGCACCAACUUUCAAUUUCUUGAAGGUUGACGAAAAAAUAAAAAUUAAACUCAUACAGAACAAAAUAAUUUGUGUUAAUUGAUAGUGUACAAACAUAAUAAUUUUCUUAAUAUUAUUACCAACCUUACUUUGUUGACAAAUUUAAGUAUAUAAAAAAAAUGUAUGGCCUCACCAUUCAACUCCUAGCAGAUUGAAGUCUUGAAAAUUGGUGUGGGUGCUCCCCUCUCCCCCCCCCUCCCCCAUCUCUGCCCAGAUGCUCAUAAUUAUUUUGCUUCAUCCACCCUCCUAUCUACCAGUUGAGAUACAAAGUGCUUUAUGUAGCAAAUUUGACUAAAAUAAUUGGGUUAAAGUAAAUUUAUAUUGUUUCAAUAAUAUAAACUGUGUUUGAAUUAAUUCCUUCCUCACAUUUGUAUAUCAUUAUUUUAAUCAUUUUCCAAGAGUUGCAUAUUUCUUGCUGUUAUCUAAAAAUAAAAGGUACUAAGACUGCAACAUUUACAUGUUUGUAAUUUUGUAAUGAAUCGUAUUUGGACAAACCAGCCUAUCUGUUUUUUUUACAUUGUACAGUGUCUUUGAUAUUUCUUGGUGCUUUUUUGUAUUCAUGUAGUAUAAAUAGUGUUAAUGCUUGUGUUAAUAUGUAUGUGCUUUCAUUACGAACAUUUUUGCUUACAAUAGUAUUAUAUUGAUAAAUUCCCUAGUCUUUUUUUUAAAUAUUUUGUUUAUAUAAAUUUGUUUUCAUUAAGUUGAGUAAUCAUUACCAAAAUACCAUAGACCAUCAAACAACUAUACACAUGAAUAUUGUUGUUGGGGGUUCAAAUAAGCACUGUUUAUAUUAAAUACAUGUCGGUUGUUCAUGAUAUAUUUUUUAAAAUUAAAAACCUCAUUGAUUUUCAUUCAGUCUUCAGUAUACUGCUAUAACAAAAUGACUGGUAGCUAAAUAUGUCUAAGAGAAACAUUCAAGUAAUAUAUUUACUGUUUGCAAGUUAAAAAUAGUAUAAUAUUACUAAGAUUAAUUAUGAACAAAAUAUGCAAUCUCUUAUUCCGAAUACAUAUUGUAUAAAAAGUAUGACAGACAUCAAAGUGUUUCUUUUGCCUUAAUUGCUCAAGAAUAGAUACUGACAAUUUAAUCAGUUUUAUAUAAAACAAUUAUUUGUUUUAAUUUUUGCUAAAUGAUUUACUAUUUACAUUAUUAUUAUUUUGAAGAAGAAUCAUUUUGCAAAAUAAUCUCUAAAUGUCAUAAAAAGUUUUUGGCUGAUAACGGGUAAAUCAUGGAACAAAACGUAAGAUUUCAACUUUAAUGGUAAUGUUUCAAGUUUUAUCACUAUUGAAUCAUAUCAUACUAGGAGUCUUGGCCCUACUAACUGCAUAUCUUGUGACGAAAACUGCAGAAUGAACUCUUAGUCCCUUGAUCUUGCAGUUGAAAUUCCCUUAAAUCUGCCGCAGGACUAAUGCUCAUAUACUGGUAAAUAUUUGUGUGUUUUAAUCCAUCAUAGUAUAUGUACAUUAAUAAUAACAUCAUAUGUGUUGUGGGCAUUAAUACUUACAAACACUGAUAUUAAUGUGUGGAAACAAUCGUACUUCUAAUACUAACUCAUUUAUACUUUUCAAAAGUAACAUUAAUAUAUAUAUUUAUUUUUUGGCUGUUACAUUAACAACACCGACUAUUUAAAAAUGCCAGUCAUUAGUAUAAAAUUUCAAAAAGUAUUCCCAUACAUGCACAUGAUGCCUAUAUUGCUUUAGUUCACUUAAAAUUAUCUGUUUUCAACAUAAUUCAGGAUUUGAUGGAUCAAAAUUAUUGGGAAGCAAUAGUCUUACAAUAACUACAAAACAAACUAAUUUGUUGUAAGAUAGAUGUAUAUUAUACUACUUUCUGAUGUUAACUACAUUGUUUGUUUUUGUUUUGACAUACUUUCCUUAAUUUGAAAUGUUAAUACAUAAAUGCAAUAAUAAUAAUAAUAAAAAGGAAAACAAUUGUUAUUACAUUGUUUUUAAAAAAAAAUCAGUUUCUUUCUUUCCUUUUUUUUUUUUUUUUUUUUUUUUACAUGCUGGCAUGUUUGAAGAUUUAUGAAUAAAAUUGUCCAUGUUUGGGGGUUUUUGGUGACACAAAUGCUAUUAGAAAAAUUCAACAGAUUUUAAUACCAGGUUAAUGCAGAUGGUUGGUAGAAAAUCAUUUAUAAAAACUAAAAAAUGCUUCUCCCAUAUAUGCAUUAUUAUUGAACUAUAAAUAAACCAUUCCAAUGCA